UGGGGAGAACUGUGAGGAUUAAGUGCGCUAAUAUAUAUAAAGGUGUUAUAGUAAGCACGUAGUAAAUGUUUAACUAAUGUUUGCAGAAGAACUUCUAAAGAAGCUGGAAGAAGACAGGGACAGAUUCUCCGGAUGCCGGUACCCCCUGGGCGUUCUCAGCUCAGAGCGUUUCUCCUACAGGUUGCGGAUCAAAGCGCCAAAAGCCUCUGGCAAUCACCAUGGUAACAGCCACCCACUUCCGGGAGAGGUACAGUGCGCGGCGAGGAUCAUUUCCAGCCGUCUCUCCGAGCGCGUUUAGGAAGGGGCAGCAAAGGGGCAAGGCGCCGGUGGUGUUCAUCCCAGCGUGUCGCCUGGAGGCCAGCGCCAGUGUCCUCGCUGAGUCGCCUGUGUCAACAUCCUCUUUGCCGCCCCGAGCCAACUCACGGCCUGGACGCCAGGCCUGAGGCUGGCCGCCAUGGACUUCUCCAAGUUCCUGGCUGACGACUUCGACGUGAAGGAGUGGAUCAAUGCGGCCUUCAGGGCUGGCCCCAAGGAGGCGGCAGCUGGGAAGGCGGACAGCCACGCGGCCACCCUGGUGAUGAAGCUGCAGCUGUUCAUCCAGGAGGUGAACCACGCCGUGGAGGAAACAAGUCACCAGGCCCUUCAGAACAUGCCCAAAGUUCUUCGUGAUAUCGAAGCCCUUAAACAAGAAGCGUCUUUUCUGAAAGAACAAAUGAUUCUUGUCAAGGAGGACAUUAAAAAAUUUGAACAGGACACAGCUCAAUCGAUGCAGGUAUUGGUAGAAAUCGACCAGGUGAAGUCUCGAAUGCAGCUCGCUGCAGAAUCUCUUCAAGAAGCAGACAAGUGGAGUACACUGAGUGCUGAUAUUGAGGAGACAUUUAAGACUCAAGACAUAGCCAUGAUUUCUGCCAAGCUAACAGGGAUGCAAAACAGUUUAAUGAUGCUCGUUGAUACACCAGACUAUUCGGAAAAAUGCGUGCACUUGGAGGCAUUGAAGAACAGGCUGGAGGCCUUGGUCAGCCCCCAGAUUGUAGCAGUAUUUGGCUCUCAGUCUAUAGAUCAGGCCAAAGCGUUUGUGAAGGUUUUUACUGAAAUUGACCGAAUGCCCCAACUUCUUGCAUACUACUAUAAGUGUCACAAGGUACAGCUCUUAGCGGUCUGGCAAGAGUUGUGCCAGAGUGACCUCCCCCUGGACCGGCAACUCACCGGACUCUACGACGCCAUGCUUGGUGCUUGGCACGCGCAAAUCCAAUGGGCUGCGCAGGUUUUCAAGAAUCCCCAUGAGGUGGUGACAGUGCUGCUGAUUCAGACGCUGGGGGCCUUGGUGCCCUCCCUGCCCAUCUGCCUCAGCUCUGCGGUGGAGAGGGCAGGGCCUGAGAUGGAGCUCACCAAACUGCUGGAGUUCUAUGACACCACCGCCCACUUCGCCAAGGGCUUGGAGAUGGCACUGCUCUCCCACCUACAUGAGCACAACUUGGUGAAAGUCAUGGAGCUGGUGGAUGCUGUGUAUGGUCCGUACAAGCCCUACCAACUGAAGUAUGGUGACAUGGAAGGGAACAACCUCCUCAUCCAGAUCAGUGCUGUGCCGCUGGAGCAUGGAGAAGUAAUCGACUGUGUCCAAGAGCUGAGCCACUCAGUGAACAAGCUCUUUAGUCUGGCAUCCACAGCCAUUGACAGAUGUGUCAGAUUCACCAACGGCCUAGGGACCUGCGGCCUGCUGACAGCCCUGAAAUCUCUCUUUGCCAAGUAUGUGUCUGAUUUUACCAACACUCUCCAGUCAAUACGAAAGAAGUGCAAACUGGAUGAAAUUCCUCCCAACUCCCUUUUUCAUGAAGAUUGGACGGCUUUUCAGAACUCCAUUAGGAUAAUAGCUACCUGUGGAGAGCUCUUGCGGCAGUGCGGGGACUUCGAGCAGCAGCUAGCAAACAGGAUUUUGUCCAUAGCUGGGAAGUAUCUCUCUGACUCAUACUGCCCUCGGAGCCUGACCGGUUUUCAGGAUAGCAUCUUGACAGACAAGAAGAGCACUGCCAAGAAUCCGUGGCAAGAAUAUAAUUACCUUCAGAAAGAUAACCCUGCUGAAUAUGCCAGUUUGAUGGAAAUACUUUAUACCCUCAAGGAAAAAGGGUCCAGUAAUCAUAACCUGCUGUCUGCGUCUCGAGCAGCCCUCACUCGGCUUAAUCAGCAGGCCCACCAGUUGGCCUUUGAUUCCGUUUUCCUGCGUAUCAAGCAACAGCUGUUACUCGUUUCCAAGAUGGACAGCUGGAAUACGGCCGGCAUUGGAGAAACUCUGACUGAUGACCUGCCCACCUUCAGCCUCACUCCUCUUGAGUACAUCAGCAAUAUCGGGCAGUACAUCAUGUCCCUUCCCCUGAAUCUUGAGCCAUUCGUGACUCAGGAGGACUCUGCCUUAGAGUUGGCAUUGCAUGCUGGAAAGCUACCGUUUCCUCCUGAGCAAGGGGAUGAGCUGCCCGAGCUGGACAACAUGGCUGACCACUGGCUGGGCUCAAUUGCCCGGGCCACAAUGCAGACCUACUGUGACGUGAUCCUCCAGAUCCCUGAGCUGACCCCGCAUUCCACCAAGCAGCUGGCCACUGACAUUGACUACCUGACCAAUGUGAUGGAUGCCCUGGGCCUGCAGCCAUCCCGCACUCUCCAGAACAUCGUGACGCUCUUGAAGACCAAACCUGAGGAUUACAGACAGGCCACCAAAAGCCUUCCCCGCCGCCUCGCCGCCACGAUAGCUGCCAUGCGGGGUGUGGCGUACUGACCACACUGCAGAGCCCUUCCAUGGAGCAGAGCCAGGGCUGUCGGCCACAGCCACUCUCCAGGAUGGACUUGCUCGAAAACUCUGCCAGGGAUUGGUCAGAACUUGUUUUCGAAAGACUUGGUUCAUUUGCAUAAUCUAAAAAGGUUGCGAAUUAGAGGUAUAUUAUUUAUUAGAGAGGAAUUUUCAGGUGAUUUUUUAAAUGAGUUUUAAAAUGAUCUGAUCUUGAAAAUGGAAUUAAUAAAUAC